UCAGCCCUACCAGGAAUCAUGAUCAAGAAUAAUAGCUAGGCCCAAGAAUAUUGGGCCUGUGAUAUAUCAUUCCCUUUGAAUUUCAAAAAAAAAAAAGGGGCAACGCCUAAAAUAAAAAUAAAAUAAAAUAGAUCCGAGAGCGGAGGGAGACGGAGAGCCAGAAUUUGAAUUUCAAAACGAGAAUCCGUUGUGCAACGACUCUAAGAAAAUCCCCAACGGUUGUAAUAUAUAUUCGUCCUAAUUUCUUCUGUCCGUCUCUGUCUUAUUAAUCUCAAACUCAGACCAGUUGGAGAGAGAAAAAGAGAGAGAGAGAAAUGGAGAAGCCGGCGACCACUGUAUCAGCAAUGGAGGCAUUCGAGAAGCUAGAGAAGGUUGGAGAGGGAACUUAUGGGAAAGUGUACAGAGCCAGAGAGAAAGCCACCGGAAAGAUCGUCGCACUCAAGAAGACUCGUCUCCACGAGGACGAAGAGGGUGUGCCCCCCACUACCCUUCGUGAAAUCUCCAUCUUGCGCAUGCUUUCUCGCGAUCCCCACGUUGUCAGACUUAUGGACGUCAAACAAGGUCAGAACAAGGAAGGGAAGACGGUCCUGUACUUGGUAUUUGAAUACAUGGACACUGAUCUCAAGAAAUAUAUCAGGAGCUUCCGUCAAACUGGAGAUAAUAUCCCAGUUAACUGUGUCAAGAGCUUGAUGUACCAACUCUGCAAGGGUGUUGCCUUCUGCCACGGGCAUGGUGUGUUGCACAGGGACCUUAAGCCUCACAAUCUGUUGAUGGACCGAAAGACAAUGACACUUAAAAUAGCUGAUCUUGGCCUUGCUCGAGCAUUUACUCUUCCAAUUAAGAAGUAUACUCAUGAGAUAUUGACACUGUGGUAUAGAGCACCUGAAGUUCUACUGGGGGCAACUCAUUACUCUACUGCUGUGGAUAUGUGGUCUGUUGGUUGUAUAUUUGCCGAACUGGUCACAAAGCAAGCUCUGUUUCCUGGGGAUUCUGAACUGCAGCAGCUCCUGCAUAUUUUCAGGUUGUUGGGUACUCCCAAUGAGCAAAUGUGGCCAGGAGUGAGCAGCCUAGUAAACUGGCAUGAGUACCCCCAAUGGAGCCCUCAAAACUUGUCAUCUGCUGUCCCUAAUUUGGACAAUAAUGGACUGGAUCUUCUAGCACAAAUGUUGCAAUAUGAUCCCUCAAAGCGAAUUUCAGCCAAGAAGGCUAUGGAUCAUCCCUACUUUGAUGAUCUGAACAAGACCUAUCUCUAAGCAGAAGAGAAAAUGAUGUUUCAACUUAGGCUGAAUCAAUGAUUUUAGGAGCUAAAAUUUACUUGUUUCCCCCUCAACCACUCUUUGUGUUAAUGAGGGAUGAUUGCUGUUUUUUGUUGCUGACUGGAUCUAUUUGUGUAUUUUUGUCUUUUUAAGUGUCUAAUGAAGGAAGAUGGUUGGA